AGAAGUGAAUUUUGAGCUGGUUCCGGUUUGUUGUAGACACCUGUGGAAAGCCGGUGAGGUUAGUUCCGCUGUGCUGCUGAGGAGGAACCAGAUGAUCAUGAUCAUUCUCACCAUCAAGCUUUAAAAAUCACAUAAAUCUCAGAAAACACCACAAAGACUGUUCUACAAGUAAAAAGGCCGUUAAAGUCUUAAAAUCUGGUAUUCACGGUGCAAGAGCGAGAGUUUAAGGUGGGCGGGGUCAGGGUCGGGCGGUACUUUCGGUCGCCCAUGCCCCUUUCUGCCCUCUCCGCUCGCUGCGGGGGGAAGAAGCGUGAACUUGAACGCUGCUGCCUGCUUCACACCCGCUCAGCGCCAGUCCAGGCGGAGGCCAGCCAGCCGGUCUUAUCUGUCCGUCCCUGCGGGUCGACUGUCGGUCAGCUUAUCGGAGCCGGAGCAGCUGGACUGGGGGGGGAGGGUCUGCAUUUUAGUGGUUUGGGACCCAGAAAGGUGCCAAACGACGUGACGCGAUGUCCAGGCGCAAACUUGGGAGCCGACCGCAACACCUGAGCGCAAUUCAAGCCCCAGAUGUCUGUGAAAUGGAGGAAGCUGCAGACUCGUCAGACGACCAUCAUCUUCCUCCUCCUCCCCAGGUUCGAGCCCCUGAAAAUGGCAGUGAUCUACUAACCUGUGGGCAGUGCAGCCAGGCCUUCCCGCUCGCCCACAUCCUGGCGUUCAUCCAGCACAAACAGGGAGGCUGCAUCUCACGAAACCAAACUGGCGGCGUCACUCCCCCUUCACCUGCUGGUCGAGCCGGGUGCCAGCAGGUUACCAGUGCCGAGCCACGACCUGGCUUCAUCGAGCUCCGGAGAGGGGCUUCCAGGGACCGCUCCUGGGGGGAGGAGCCCAGUCUGAGUGUGAGGGCGGAGCUCAGCAAAUCAGGUUCUGACGAGCCCUCAUUUUUCACUUGCCUUCAGUGUGAUGGGGUGUUUUGUUCAGCAUGGACGCUCCUGCAACACGCUCAGCACAGGCACUCCUUCAGCAUCUACCAAGAGGACGAGGAAGAUGAUGCUUACAUGGGAGGAAGAGAGGGCCAUAAAGAGAACAAACCUGUGGCAGCCGUUCUUGACCCGCAGCACUUGAGCCAAGCUCUCGCCACUGCCUUUAAGCCCUCGACUCUGCGUCGCUCCCGUCAGAACCACGGCACCUCAGCUAGCCUCCAGGCUAUGAACUUCUCAGUGCGGCUUAGGGAGCUCGCUGAGGGGAACAACACCAACGGCAGCUACCCCAUGGGCCCCGUGUUGUCUCCAUCCUCAUCUCCACCAGCAGCUUCUACAUUUCCUCAGACUGGCACCCUUCAGGCUGAUUUCCACUGCGAGCUGUGCGACCAGAACUUCCACUCACUGCGCGCCCUGUCUGCCCACCGCCGGACUCACGCCUGCGACAGGCCCUAUCACUGCGGGGUGUGUGGGCAGGCCUUCCCUCAGAGUGGGCAGUUGGCUCGUCACAUAAGGAGCCACCACCGGGAGGCUGCAGGUGGAAGUGGAUGUGAGUCUGUGGAGACGGUCCUGAUGGAGGAGGAUAUUGGGAGGCAGGGGGUUAGAGGAAGGCUUCAGGGGGCAGGGAUGGUGGAAAAAGAGCUGGACCUGACCCUCCCCAAACACCCCUCUGUAGCUUCAGGCCUAAUGCUGUUGAACUCCCAGCUUAGACCGCCUGACAGGGAGCUAUUGAGGCUGUACCAGCACCACAGAGCUGGAGGUGAGGAGGCAGCUGAGGGGCAGGGGGAGCCACAGCCUGCCUCACCCUGCGCCAGCCCCUCUGAAGGCUCCCUGGAGAGUGGAGAGACGGGAGGGAGCGGAGAAAGUGGCAUCGCCAGUGGCAACUGCACACCCAAACGCCCAGAAAUAGGUGAGAGGGCACGAGGAGUCGGAGAGUGGGAGAACGAACGAGGAGAACUUGUCGAGAGGGAGAAGGAGUGGGGCUCGGGUGUGCAGGAGUGGCAGAGGGACUUUGAGCGCAGGAGCGCUGCAAGAGGAGGAGCCACCACCACUGGAGCAAAUGGCAACUCUGCUCCUGGUUCUACUGGGAAGAAGAAGAAAGACGAGGCCUGUGAGUUCUGUGGUAAACAGUUCAGAAACAGCAGCAACCUGACCGUGCACCGCCGGAGCCACACGGGGGAGCGACCGUACCGCUGUGGCCUCUGCAACUACGCCUGCGCUCAGAGCUCCAAGCUGACACGCCACAUGAAGACCCAUGGUGCACAAGGGGCCAAGGCUUCCUUCUUGUGCCAGCUGUGCGCUGUGCCCUUCACUGUGUACGCCACCCUGGAGAAACAUCUGAAGAAAGUCCACGGCCUGAGCCACGCCAGUGUCGGGGCUUACGCACAGGCCAGCGCUGCAGAUACUUUAGCGGCUUUAAGAGUGGGAGAGGAAGCGGGAGCAGUGGUGGUGAAGAUGGAGGAGGAUGAGGCAAGUUUGGAGAGUAAGGUGCAGGGUGAGGUGGUGAGAGACAUGGAGGUUGAAGAAGGCAGAGGGAGUCCAGCCACAGUGGAGGAUCUCCUGCAUAAAAGCAGUGCAGAGGUGAGCCUAGCUUUGGCUUCUUCUCACUGAAAAACGGUUCUGAAUCAGAUUAAACUCGCCCAUGCAAUCAAAGAAGCUGCAUCACUGUCAGCAGCAGCAGGUCGCCCCAGUGUUGAGGCCCGCUGCAGCCAGCAGUUGUUCAUGAUCAUAUGCAAAGCUGCUGGCUGAAACUAAGUGCCUACAGUUCUUCAGACCACAGAGAAAAACAAGUCCGUGACAUUCAGCAGGGAGAUUACCGUACCUUGUGAACAGGAAGUGCACUGCCGCAGUCCACACCAACACAGGAAACUGAUCACCAUGCUGCAAUGCAAAAUGCAAAAGAAAAAGUGUGUUUCAUGUCUCUAGCGACCUGCUGGACAGAUGGAGACACACCAUCCCUAUCAGAACAGAUCAUACUGACUUUAAAAAAAAAAAGAGCAAUAUCAUGAUAUUCAGCACUGGUGAGUGGAGAGAGGUCAGACUGUGCUGUUCUCUUUAGAGAAGACCUUUUAAAGACUUUGGAGCAGCCACUGGGCUGAAAUGAAUCCAAACACUGUCUGCCUGUAGUUUGUCACACUCCUUUUAAUGGCGCUUGCUUGUCACAACACUUGUCACUUAAUGUUUACAAGGCUUACGGGGCUGAGCGAGGCUGUGCUCCUGACUUUGUGAAUAGAUGCUGCAGUGGAUAUAAAAAGUUAACACACCCUUGUUAAAACGCUAGGUUUCUGUGACCUAAAAAUAAUGAGACCAUGACAAAUCAUUUCAAAACGUAAAUGGGGCGUAUUUUAUGUGUGAUUCAACUGAAAGACAUGUUUUGGAGGGAGAAAGAGUUCAAUGACAUUUGCAUAGCUCUUAUUAAAAGUUUGUAGAAGAACUCUUUGAUUCAGUUUUAACAUUCAGUCUUCUUUGUUAGGAGUCAACCAGCAUCUCACAUCUUGACCUGGUGUUACAUUGCCCACUCAGAUUCUGAGGACAUCUCUUGUCCACAGCUUUAUUCAGGUGAUCCCACAGAUUAUUUUCUCUGAGUUAGUUCUAGACUCUGGUUAGGACAUUGCCUGCUGUUACUUUUCUUCUGGUGAAAUCAUUUUUAGUGGAUGCCUGGACUCACGGAGAUGCUGAAAAUUAAAGCCCAGCUUCAUCUUCAUAGCAGACAACUGAAGGGUUGGGUCAAAAUGAACAGGUAUUUAUGAUUUUUUUAGCCCCAGGCCAUGAUUCUGCCACCACCAUGUCUCAUUGUGAGUAUGGUAGUGGUGGUUUUGUGCCAAACCUACAUUUAGGAGUCAGGACCCAAAUGUUUGUUUGGUUCCUUCAGACCAUCAUGCAUCCUCCAACAAAGUUCUAAGAGAUUUCAGUCGGAACUGGAUUUUUCUUUAAAGAAAAUGUUUCUGAUUUUCAGCCCUUAUUCCAGACAUACGGGAGAUUGUUUCAGUCAGUACAAGCCAGAAGUUUCUGCAGCUCCUUCGAUGUUAUCAGCAUCUGGACCAGUUUUAGUUUAUUUAUAUCUAUAUAUCUAUAUCUAUCUAUAUAUAUGUAUCUAUAUCUAU